GGAGGGAUUGCCUCGUGAUACAUGGUGACAUGGGAGGGAUGAGUGACUGACGUCUGAGGCACAUUCGCUGCAGCAAAAGUGGAGGGACUGGUGAUUUGGACAAGACCUAUCUUGGCCAGAAAAGGUGGUGUCGUACAAUACAGAGGGUGUGCUGAGAGAAAAAUCGCACUCCCCAAAUAUUUUGUCUAGGAUCGACGAUGGCGGGGCGCCUCGCCAAUAUGCGUUUCCUGGCCCAAAGGGUCAUGGCUCCAAAGGCUGUCUUGCCAGUCCGAGGGGAGGGGGGAGGACCUGUCAAGAUGGGCAGGGCGAUCGAUCAGGCUCUUCCUGAGCACGAUGAGCUUUUGUGGGACGAUGGCUCUGCACAGCCAGAGCACUGCCUCGACCAGUUUCCCCUGGUUCCCAAGUACGAGGCGCUGGGCUUCCUGCUUGGAGGGUUGGGCUUCUACUUCCUGCUCGGACAGCUGGCGAGGUUCAACGACAAAGCAUCAAAGAAGCCUUACGUUGACAAGGAAUACCCCUAUGACAACCUGAAGGCGGAGAUGGGUGGCCCCUUUGGGCCUGCUCGCUGGGGACUGGAAGUGCAGACAGAGGGAGGGGCUCCAGCCGAAGAGGCUGCUGAUGAGGAGGAAUAAGGACUUCUUCUCAGAGACAGAGGAGCUGUGCAGCGGAAGACUGUUUGUAGGCAUGUUGGUGCUCGCUUCAGCGUGCGGCUAGCUGAGCUGAAGCAUCUCACUGCAGCGGGCCAGACAAUGUGAGAGAUUGGGAGUUUUCACUGAGCCAGCCACACAUCUCUAGUUUGCGGCUGAGCUUUCUUGUGCAGUACAUGGAGAAGGUCUUAGGCGUCAGUGGAAGCUUCCACUGACCCCGCUUAAGCAGAUGUCGACAUGUGAUGUAGCGGAGAUGAACAUAUCCGUGUUUCACAUGAUCGCAUCAAUGCAACUCUUGGGUGUUUGCCCUUCAGGGCAGAAGCUUCUCAAAGCACGCCACAUGC